GCGUAUAAAGUUCUAAGUAACCAAGUAUAAGCAGUUAAUUUUCGUGGUAUCAAAUAUCAUUUUUGUGAUAUAAAUUAAUAUAGAAUAAUAAAAAAAUUAUUUAAUCUAAUUUUGAUUGUGUAGAACAAAUGAUCUAAUUACAAUAAAAUAUUCAAUAUAUAUAAUCAUCCAUAAUUAUAAUCAUUCAAGUUAAAAUCUAAGACUUAACCUCUGCAUCCUUCGGAAAGCACUAAAUAUUUAUCUAAGAAUACUGAUUUACAAGCAUUAUUAAAUUUAACUUAUAUUGAAAAUAUUUUAUCAAAAUAAAAAACAUUUCAUAAAAAAUUAUUAUUUAACAAAUUUAAAAAAAAGGAAACUUCGUAUUUAAAAUUUAGAAUGUCAAAUAUUCCUAGACAAAUAUUAAUACGUUAAAUUAUUCAAUUUAAUGUUUUGAAACUCGAUUUAACGUACUGGAUAUAACUAUUUUAAAAAUUGAUAAAAUUUUCAAACAAUUUUAAUUUUUAAAUUGUACUGAGAAGUGAAAAAUUAAAUAUAUAAAUGUUGAAUGUUUGUAAAAAUAAAAAUUUCACAAAUACUAAAAAUAAAUAUCCUUUGCGCUAUUAAGUAUUCAUAUAAUUUAUCAAAAUUUAUUAUAAAUAAAAGUGUUCAAAAUGAGUUCAGGGUUUAUAUCAGAAGCUGAGAUUGCAGAACAACGUAGAAUAAGACAAGAAGAAUGGGAACGUGUACGAACUGCAGAUCAACCAUUAGAAGCUCCAGAGGAACCAUAUGAUCCAAGAUCAUUAUAUGAACGAUUACAAGAACAAAAAAACAAAAGAGAUGCAGAAUAUGAAGAGGCACAUAAAUUAAAAAAUAUGAUAAAAGGUUUAGAUGAUGAUGAAGUGGAAUUUUUAGAUUUGGUAGAUAGAACAAAAUUAGAAGAAGAACGUAAAAAAAAUCUUGAAGAAGAAAAAGAAAUGCGAGAUUUCAAAGCUGCUGUUGCUUCAUUACAAGAAAAAUCUUUAAAUGAAAAAUUAAAACAAGAAUUAAAAAAUCCUCAAAUUAUGAAUAAAAAUAUUUCUUCUGGAAGUCGUACUUCCCAAUUAAAAUUAUUAGCUGGAGUAGUAGUUAAACGUCCUGAGAAACAACAAAAACAAGAUGUUAUGCGAGGUAUUAAAAGAAAAUUAUCUGAAGAAAAUAAAGAUACAUCAAAAAAAGAAGACUGUGAAAUAAAUGAACAGAUAAUUACUGAUUGUGAAUCUGCAUUUAAAGAUACUUCAGAAGAUAAAAAUAUAACAAAUGAAACAGGAGGUAUGAAAUGUAUUGGAAUUUUACCUGGUCUUGGUUCCUACGAAGAUUCUAGCGAUAGCGAAUGUAGUUCAGAUACAGAUCAGGAUCCAGAACCAAAUCAUUCUAAAUAUGAUCUGUUAGGUCGAAAAAUAAAAAUUUUAAAAGAUAAAGAAAAAAGCUGAAUACAAAAUAU